AUGGGUGGAACGAGCAGCCGACCGGAAACUAGUGGAUUCAAGGGAUGUUGGAAAAGGAAAAGAAUCGAAAAAGACGAGGUCUACGUGAAAACGGGAUGCAAACGCAAUUCAGCUCAUUUACGGCGAAUCGAGGUCGACCGAGCGUGCGUUUGGGAAGAAGUACCAACACCGAACUCGGAAAAAAUGUACUUGAAUUACGAGGAUGGGAAUGGAGAGGAUCUGUUGCCGAUGGGGAAUGGAAUGAAUUACGAGAAGUUGAUGCAGAUCAUUCGCUGUUUUCCUUUUCCAUCACCGCGAAAUUCCCCGCGCUCAUCGCCAAGAUUGCAAAAGAAAAGACGAGAUCGAGAAAAAGAACAACAAAGAGAAAGGAGUAAAACCGAAGGACAAGAGACUGACUGCUGCUUUCUUGAGCCGAACGCUAUGGAGCACGCGUUUGGUCGACUUGUGCAGGUGGGUGAAAACCGAAAUAUGAUC